AUGGGAAAAAUCAUCAUUUAUGAGCAUGCUAACUUCCAGGGUUACUCCAAAGAAUUCACCAGUGACAUUCCCAAUCUGAAAAGUGUAGAUUGGAAUGAUUGUAUCUCCUCAGUGAAAGUAAUUGGCCAGCCUUGGGUGGCUUAUGAGCACCUCAACUAUACAGGCCAGUUGCUGGUGUUUGAGGAGGGAGAACAUAGCUUUGUUGGUCAACAGAUGAAUGAUAAGAUCACUUCUCUGCAGCUGAUCACUGAAGAUCUACACAAUCCCCAGAUCACUCUCUAUGAACAUGUCGACUACCAAGGGAAGAGCAGGGUGAUAAAAGAAGCAACCAACCUGGCGAGGGGGUAUGACAAUGACAUCAUAUCUUCUCACAAAGUCCAGCGAGGUGCCUGGCUGUUGUGUGAACACAGCGAGGGAGUUGGGUUUUGUUACAUUGCGCGAGAACAUGAACACCUUCCAAAUUACAAUGCAAUCAAUUUCAACGACAAGCUUUCCUUUCUGCGCCCCCUUCUCCCCGGCCACGGCUGUGGCUGUUAG